AUGAGCAGCGAUAAUAAUAAUGAAGAUGUCAAGAAAAGAGAUGCAUUUUUAGGAUUAGCAGAAUGUGAAGUUGAAAUUGAAGAGUUAGAAAAAGACGUUGAAUUAUAUAGAUUAAAGAAAAUGGUACCAUUUUAUAAGCAACGUGAUUCAUAUAUUAAUGAUAUUCCUGGAUUCUGGAGAGUGGUACUAUCACAACAUAGUGAUUUUGCUAAUUAUAUUAGGGCUUCAGAUUUCAAAUAUAUUGAUCAAAUUGAAAAAAUUCAACUUGAAUGGUUGAUUUUGAAAGAUGAAAAUGAGAGUAAUGUGAGAGAUUUUUCAGUCACUUUUUAUUUUAAUGGCAUUGAAGAUGAUUUUGAAGAGCAAAUCGUUACCAAGACUUUCAAAAUUGUGAAAUCGGACACUAUUAACGAUAAUAAAUCUACAAAAAAAUCGAAUGUAAAUGAGGACAUUUCUGAAGACGAAAAUGAAGAAGAAAUUGAAGAUAUACUCACAAGUGAACCAGUAGAUAUCAAAUGGCCCGCAAGUUAUGAUUCUAUAAAUCCAUCAGUGAUUGUAGAUAAACGUAGUCCUGAAGGAAAAAAGAAAUAUCGUCAAGGAAUGAAAUCCUUCUUUGGUUGGUUCAAAUGGACAGGUAAGAAACCUGGUAAAGAAUUCCCACAUGGUGAUGAUUUAGCUGUGUUAAUAAGUGAAGAUCUUUAUCCAUAUUGUGUCAAGUAUUAUACUGAAGCUCAAAGAGACCUCGAAGAUGAGAAUAAUGAUUCUGAUGAAGAUAGUUCUGAAGAACCAUUAGAUUUGCCUGGGAAUGAAGAAGAUGAUGAUGACGCAGAGCAGGUGGAGGAAGAAGAAAACGAUCCUGCCAGAAAGAAGCUGCGUAGGGCUUAG